GUUGAAGGGUUUGGUGGUAUUAUAACUGAAGGGGCGAGUAUGAUGAACGCGCAGGCUCAGCCGGCAAUGGCAGGUCCUCAAGGUUACCCUCAUCAUCAGCCUACUUCAGUCGAAGAGGUCAGAACCCUCUGGAUUGGUGACCUACAGUACUGGGUCGACGAGAACUACCUCACUACUUGCUUUGCUCACACCGGCGAGGUGAUUUCUAUAAAGAUCAUACGUAACAAAAUCACUGGGCAGCCCGAGGGUUACGGCUUUGUGGAGUUUGUCUCACACGCCGCAGCCGAAAGGAUUCUGCAUGCUUACAAUGGCACUCAAAUGCCUGGAACUGAGCAGACUUUUAGGUUGAAUUGGGCUUCUUUUGGUAUCGGCGAACGGCGUCCUGAUGCUGGCCCUGAGCACUCCAUUUUCGUAGGGGAUUUGGCCCCUGAUGUCACCGAUUAUGUGCUGCAAGAGACUUUUCGGAAUACGUAUCCGUCCGUUAGAGGUGCCAAGGUUGUCACUGAUCCUAACACUGGACGCUCGAAAGGUUAUGGCUUUGUCAAGUUUGCUGAUGAGGCGGAAAGGAACCGUGCUAUGACUGAAAUGAAUGGUGUUUAUUGCUCAACUAGGCCGAUGCGGAUCAGUGCAGCAACACCAAAGAAAACCACUGGUUUUCAGCAGCAGUAUGCUGCAGCAAAAGCUGUAUAUCCUGUUCCGGCAUACACUACACCAGCAGUUCCUGUAGUACCAACAGCAGAUUAUGAUGCAAACAACACUACGAUUUUUGUUGGAAACUUGGAUCCUAAUAUUACUGAGGAGGAAUUGAAGCAAACGUUUUUGCAAUUUGGAGAUAUUGUCUAUGUCAAGAUUCCUGCAGGCAAAGGCUGUGGUUUUGUACAGUUUGGGACAAGGGCAUCUGCUGAAGAAGCUAUACAAAGGAUGCAAGGAAAGAUGAUUGGCCAACAAGUGGUCCGCAUUUUUUGGGGUAGGAGCCCAACAGCUAAACAGGAUGUACUUGGUAGCUGGGGCCAGCAAGUAGAUCCAAAUCAAUGGAGUGCAUAUUAUGGUUAUGGUCAAGGCUAUGAUCCCUAUGCCUAUGGAGCUUCUCAAGAUCCAUCGUUGUAUGCAUACAGUGGAUAUGCCGGUUAUGGCCAAUAUCCUCAACAGGUUGAAGGAGUUCAAGAUAUGGCAGCUAUGGUUGGUACUGUUCCAUAUUUAGAACAGAGGGAUGAACUGGAUGAUCCCUUGGCUACACCUGAUGUUGACAAGUUGAGUGCUGCUUACCUCUCUGUACAUGGAAGGGCCAUUUUGGGCCACCCCUUGUGGCUAAGAACAUCAGCGUUUCUGCAGCAAGCGUAGUCAACAUUAGCAUAAUGACGCCACCCCUUGUGGCUAAGAACAUCAGCGUUUCUGCAGCAAGCGUAGUCAACAUUAGCAUAAUGACGUCAUUGGUUUGAUUCGGAUUCUUCCUCAAUUUUCCUGGAGUUCACAUUAUGAAAACCAGAGAAGAAACAGUGGAGAUGUGCUAGAAUGGCUAUAGUUGGUGCAAAUGAGAGUGGGAAGAAACACAGUAGUUGAGUGACCCCACUUUUUCUCUCAAUCAGGGGCUGGGCAGUUGUCGCUACGUAAAUGUGCCUCAGUCCGAUACCAGUUGCCUUUGCUGGGUUUGUUGUGUGAGAAAGUGUCUCAAUACUGUUGCACCUUAAAUGUUCCAAUUGCUCCUUUGACAAAAAAAAAAAAAAAAAGAAUUUACAAUACCUGUUGCCUUUGCUAGGCUUGUUGUAUGAGAAAGUGUCUUGAUACCGUUGCAACUUAGUGUUCCAAUUGCUUAUCUUUAGAAACUUUAGUUUCUUUCAAGUAUCAUUGUUGCUGGAAAAUUGUACUGAAACAAUAUUUUUGGAUGUUUAUUAGGUGGUUCCUCAA